AUGGGGGCGUUGUAUCUGGUGACCGUGGUUCAGGUGGACAAGGUGCAGGGGGUGGCGCGUAUGCGGGUGGUUCAGAUUCAUCCAGAUGCCGGGCGGGCGCCGCUGGGCCGAAUCUUUGCCUUUUGUCUUUUGAUGGAUCCGAUCAUCGGGUGGGAGUACUCGGACAAGCUGCAAAACUUUCCAUUGGCGGGCGAGUGCGGUGUAGAUGACUAUCUCAAUGAUGAUUGGCUGGAGGCCAACGUGGCGGGGUUUGUCGAUCGCGUCGAGGUGUUGAGGGCUGACGAGGAGGCGUCUGAUGCUGAAUGGGAGCAAGGACGGCGUCCCGAAGUCCAUCUGGACAUUUACACCACCCACCCGGCUUGGGUGGCUCACCUCGAGCCCGACAUGAAGUUUGACACGGCGGCAUACCAGCAUGGCGAUGCGCAAGCAUGGGUGCAGCCGACCCGACGCCCGGGUGAUCGGCGCAAGGAGCUGCAAGGACCCUUGUCGGGCGUCUACACCAUGGCGGCAGACGAUGAAAAACUGGCUGACCGCCUGCCUGCUCAGCCGUUGCCCGAGUACCUGAUUCCAGAGUAUGGCGCCAAGCACUACGUUGUGCCCGAGCCCAUCGAUGUGACCUCGCCCAACUUGUACGCGACCCUGAAAGGUCUCAUUGGUCAGGCGGUCUAUGCGCACGACCCCGAGGCCUUUUUUGGCGCGGAGCCCCAAGUUGGCUGCUUGCUAGACGUACAGCGACAAGGCAAUGCCGAUGAGGCUGAUAUCAUCCUCACACUCUUUGCGGCACCCAAAGGCGCAUGCUCGUAUGGAACCCGAGGCAUGACUGUAAAACCUAGCUGCAUCAUCGGACGGGCCCGACAUGUGCUCAGCGUUCCCACCGAGCCAAUGACAGGUACGAGGGGACAACUUGACAUGGAACCGGGUGGCAGCCAACCACCACCCGCCAAGCGGUCGGCGCCAGCGACGCGCACUCAACGGAGACCAAGCAGGGCCCCCGAGAGCCAUGCUGCGUCCGAGACGCCGCCCAACGCCACUGCUGCUGCUGCUGCUGCUACUGCAGUGCUCGGCUCGAGCGCCAGUGACACGAGCUCAGACUCUUCAUUUGUUCCUACAUCAUCCCCCCCCCUACCCCAACACGAGGCUCCUGACUUUGAGCUUGGGCCGGACGAGGAGGAGAGCCCCGAACCCCAGCUAGCAGCCAGUCCCCAACACGCGCUGUUGGCUCGCUCACAUGAAGGCGGCAACUCUGAAGGGCCGCACAGCGAUGACGAAGACGACCUUCUCGAUCGCGACCCGUGGCGUCAGGCUUUGGCCCAGCUCUCUUCUACAUCGGAUAGCGGGGAGACUGAGGACGGGGACGAGGAUGAGGAUGAGGAUGAAAAUGGCCUUGAGUUUGAAAGCAGCGAUGAGGACGCCGAAAACCCUGGAGGACGUGAUCGUGCUGCUGCUGACGAGAACGUUGCCGAGCGUUUGGCUUCGUUUUAUCGCUCCAAAGACCUGAUCGAGCAUGACGAAGCAGCAGAUCCCCGUUACAUGCAUUGGGUCGAAGCGGCCGUUGCAAAGCGCCGGCGCCCAUUGCAUCGCACCGCGCCUCUUUCCAACUGGACUUGGCUUCAGAACCGUCGCCGGCCGCGGGCCAUCAUGUCCAGUUCAAAUUCAUUGGCUCAGCCUGGCUCGGAGGAUCUCAUUGCUUCGCUCCUGCCCGUGCCCGUGGAUCGACACCAUCGGGGUUGCAUCAACAACCUCUCUUUCAACGACGAUGGAACAUUGCUCUUGUCUGGCAGCGAUGACCGCACGUGCAAGUUCUUGCCUGGUUCCAAUGACCACCAACUCGUAACUGCGGCCGGCGACGGCGAGGUCUUCCUCUAUGACAUUGCCAGCUUCUCUGAACGGCCUUUGCGCGUGCGCAAGAUUUCAGAGCAUCGCGGUCGCGCCCACAAGUACCACUAUGGCAGGGGUCAGAUCUUGACUUGCGCCACUCACAGCCGUGACGGCUCUGGUGUACCGUUGCGGGCUGAAGUACAGCGCUACCAUGGUCAUCGCAACUUCCAGACUAUCAAGUCUUGUGCAUUUUUUGGCCCCGAUGAACAAUGGGUGAUCAGUGGGAGCGACGACGGCCAUCACAUCGUUUCUCAACACGCGGUCCCACCCAACCUGCGUGCCCCUCCCUCCUUGCGCGCCAUCGCCAUGCCCCUUGAGCCUGAAAAGCAAGUGCCAACCCUUUGUUCAUUUUCACUUUUAUGCGUUUUCUUUGCAACACCGACCCAAGUGGAUUGGCGAUCACAAGACCCCCGCGUUGCAUCGCUGGCAACAAAAAUUGCUGUACUUCCGGGCCGGGUUGUCAUUUUCCCCCGGGGCUUUUGGUCAGCACUCGUGUGUUGGCAUGCUGGGCCACGACACGGUGACGACGGUAUGGACACAGGAUGGCAGCGAUCUCUCUUGGAUUUUGUACACCCGUAUGCCGAGCAGCGAUAUUUUUCCCGUGACGCGCGGCGCUGGAUGCGACAGCUGGUGCGCUGCAUGCAAUUGCUUCACCGUGACGGACACGAUCUUCAAGGGCGACUGACACCAACAAAUCUGUUCAUCGAUGAUGAUCGUCAGCUGCAUCUUAGUCCCCGAGCUGGGCUAGGGGCCAAUCUCGUCUAUGCGUCACCAGAAGCCCUCCAUGCCGUGGCCAGUGAUCAACAUCUCAGUCGGGAAGUGGCCCAAGCUGCCGAUGUUUGGACGGUGGGCAUGGUGUGGUACUCUGUCCUCUUUACAGAUCUCCCUUGGUGUUGCGCUGAGAUGUCUGACCCCGAUUUUGCCCGCUACAUGCAUUCAAACCAGCUAGUUGCACCUCAUGGUCUAAUCCAGCAGCUCAAUCCUCGACUCUCCCGCUUAUUGCAUGCUAUGCUCAAUCCGGAUUGGCAAGCGCGUGCCCAGUUGAAUGACGCUUGGGCUGUGCUUCGGCGCAAAGAAGAGCUGUGGGUCAUCGAUGAGGCGCUCGUGGGCAGUAUUGAAUGCUUAGCGCCUAUUGAAGAGGGUAACAGCGAGUUCUCCACCCCUUGA